CUAAUCCGGAAUCCAGAGGACCAGUACAGAAUGUACUCUGAAUUGGCGACAGUUUAUACAGUCGACUGUCCCAACUAAUUGCCGCGCAUCGAUGGCCCUCCUAAUGGAUUUAUAAUGAGCGAGAGAGAUCGAAAUCGGCGGCAGUUGUUGCUUUUGUUGUGUGCUGGCCACCAGCUGGAGGAGUUCCCCCGCCUCCUGCCCAUGCCCCCUUUUUUUGGGUUAUCGCUUGGGCGAGCGUUCCACAAACGCCGCGUCAGCUUCUUAUCAGCAAACAGCACGCACACACAGUCGCACAAUCAGCAGCGCAGGUUACAUAUAUGUAUAUACCUUCACAUACAUCCCCUCCCCCUAGCCCCCAACUGGGCUGGGCUUGGGCAAGCGAUUUGUACAUUAGUUUAGUUGCUUACUCUGUGAUUGGGAUGAAGAAGUUUUUAUCGCGGAGAAUGCUUAGCCUGGAUCAGUCCAUGUUGAACGAUGACGAUGACGAGGAGGAUUGCGACACAUAUGGCAGUGGAGUAGGUGGACAGAACUUGCUGGCCCAACCGGAGCCACACCAGCCUAUCACACAGGCACCAUCCAAACCACUGGCCCCGUUUGCCCUGUUUUUCCGCGACACGGUAACCGCCAUCAAGCAGCAAAAUCCCGCCUGUUCGCUGGAGCAGAUGCAGGUGAUUGUGCAGACCAUGUGGGAGUCGCUGGACGAGACGCGAAAGAACAUAUACAGCCAGCGGCACGAGCAGGAGAAACGUGACUAUGUGCGUUUGAUGCGGGGCUACCGCCAUCAGCUGUCCGAAUCGGAGGCCACGUCGGAGGUGGAGCCAGCAAUAGUUGUCCCCCCGCAGCCAGUUGUCAUGCCGCCGCAGCAGCAGCUAGUCAAACCCAAAUUGGAGGCUGUCGAGGACCCAGUGCUGGCCCAGCAGCAACCGCCGCCCGAACAGAUCCAACUACUCACAGAAGCGGCCAGGGUGCAGAAAUGCACCCGCGAGCAGUGCAACAAGCCGGCCAUCAUCAAUCCGGACUGGGAAGAUGAGUACUGCAGCAAUGAGUGCGUGGUCAUACACUGUCGGAAUGUUUUCAACGACUGGGUGCUAACCAUGAAGACUUCGCCCUCGUAGCCACGCCGACCACCACCACCACCAGCACCACGUUCUAGGCUUAGUCUAGAUUUUAACUCUAUUUUAAGCGCUGCACUGCUCUAGCCCUAGACGAGCCAGCGAUCUGCGAUCGCCAUGUCGUAUAUUACUCGGGAAUAUACGACUGCGAUACGAUUGUUAUUUUAGUCCCAGUUUCGGUUGUAAUUAGAAUCUGAAUGAAUGCGAGACACGCUUUGUAUGAUACCUUAAUUGUAGUAAACAAAUCAUAACAUUAAAGAUAGAUAAUGUAGAAUGGAAUAAAAAAACCUAACAUUUAGAAAGUAUAGCUAUGCAAUUCAGCAUUUAAUAAAUAAAUACUAUUUAUUGAA